CACUGGAACUGUCUACUUGUGCUGUGCCCCUGUCCAACCGGACAGUUUCUCUCUCUGUCCCUGUCAGUCUGUUUUUCUCUGUCCUAAACCAGGUCUCCACCACCAUGCUGGUAAAUGCGCUCCUUCAGAUGUCGCUGGUCCUAUGGCUGGCACAGCAAACCCUACAGGGAGGGGUGAAACCUCAAAAUGGCGGCAAUGGGAGAAUGUUACCCAGGGGAGCUGGUUCUCUUGGGAUGCUGGGAGGCCGUGGAGGCAAUGGAGCCAAGCCUGCCAAGACAGGAGGAAAUGGAGUUGGUCUUUAUCCAUUGGGGGCUCAGCAGCUUGGAGGAGGCGGAUACAGAGGUCCAGGUGGGGUUGGGGGUCGGGGAGGCAUGACUCCGGGAGGAGUAUAUGGUACUGGUCAGGGAGUAGGGAUGGGCCAGGGACUGGGGUCCAGACUAGGCUCACAGGCCUGGAAACCACGUGGAGGAUACGCUGGUAAUGGCUAUGGCACACAGCCAGGUUACAGAGCUGGAAAUGGAGGCUAUCCACGACCAGGAUAUGGGGCACGUGCUGGGGAGACCAAUGGACAGGGUGCUAAAGCCAAUGGGAAUGGAGGAGGAACAGGACUUCCUCUUGGACAAGGUGUUAAACCAUCCAAACAGGGAUAUGGUGCAGGAGCUGGAGUUCCCAAUGGACAGGGUGUUAAACCCAAUGGAUACGGUGCUGGAGCAGGCAACUAUCUCGGAGCAGGAACCAAUGGCUAUGGAGCAGGUCUUGGACAAGGAGGGUAUCCUGAAGGUGGAGCAGGCAAAGCUCCAGGCGUUAGUGCCAGUUUGGGACAGGGAGGAUACCCACAGGCAGGAGCAGGAUACCCACAGGCUGGAACAGGAUACCCACAGGGAGGAGCAGGAGGAUACCCACAGGGAGGAGCAGGAGGAUACCCACAGGGAGGAGCAGGAGGAUACCCACAGGGAGGAGCAGGAGGAUACCCACAGGGAGGAGCGGGUAAAACAGACAACGUUGCUGGUGCUAAUCUGGGACAGGGAGGAUACCCACAGGGAGGAUACCCACAGGGUGGAGCCGGCAAAUCAGCUGGUUAUGGGGAUCAAAUGGGGGGAACUUACCCUGGGGCUGGAGCAGGCAACAUCUAUGGGAAUGGAGGAGGUCCAGGUGCGGGGGCCAAGACUAUGUCUGCAGGCUUUGCCAAUGGCUACGGGGCUGGUGGUGCCGGGUUUGGUUACCCAACAGUGUUAGCGGAUGGUGGUGCUGGGCUGGGAGGCAAGGCAGGAAAGGGUGCAGGAGGUCUUGGCACCGGAGGGUAUCCACAGGGACGGGGGAAGUACGGGGGAGGUGGCUCUGGUCCUGGUGGUGCUAUGCCCUAUGGUGGCCUGCCCGUGGUCCCGGCCGGGCUGGGGCCUGAUGGUGUGAAGUCAGGCCUUCUGGGAAUGGGUCCUGAUACUGGCCUGGGAGCUGGAGUUGGUCAGCUUCCUUACAAUGGAGUGCCAGUUAAUACUGCCGGACUCGAUGUCCUCCCAGCAGGUGAUAGUGGCUACCCUUAUGCAGCUCAGCAACUUGGCCUGGGUGGUGGUGGUGAUGGAGGCAAAUCUGCUAGCAAAUAUGGUAAUGCAGGGUUGCCACAAGGUGCGCAACUCGGAGCGCUAUCUUAUGGGCCUGAGGCUGUUGGAGUAGCUGGCAAACAACCUUGCAAAAAGGGAAACGGAGGGGGCUAUGGAGUUCAGCCAGCAGGUUAUGGUCAAAGACAGCUGGGUGCAGCUCAGAGUGCACCCUAUGGUAACGGAGGAGCAGGAGGAAAAGAAAGCAAAUACGGUGGUGGUGGACUCAAUGGAUUCUUUGGAAAUGGUGGCUACAAAGGUUAAGUCAACCAGCUGAGUUUUCUUGAAGUGAAUAUUUGUUAAAUUCCAUCAUCCUUUUUCAUUUUGAUGUUUUCUGUUUGGUCUGUUGUUACUUUUUUUUUUUUAUUAUUAUUUUUUUUUAUUUGUCUGUUGUGUUUGGUCCCGGUUUUUUGUAUUGUUGUGUAUCUGUUCCCUUCCUUCCUCUGUGCCCUCUGCCUGUGAUUGGAGUUUAAGUUCAGAUAGAAUCUGUACAAAUCUGUCAGUCUUCUCUUUAAACUUGGUGAAAGGAUGCUUAAUGUUCUGUACAUGUAAUGUGGUGGAUAUGUUUUAAGAAUGAAGCUCUAUGAGUUUUAAUCAACAACAAAUAAAUCAAUAACAAAUAAAGAUGUUCCCAAACCUGA